AUGUCGUCUCGACUUCGGCGCAUCCUCUCUUUGGUUCUUCUCUCUAUUGGUCUUUCUUUCGCUGCUCCGGCUUCUCUUGAAACUGCUCAAGUCCAACACGCUCUUGUCCAUACCAAACCUGGUGAAGGGGCUAUCAGGCAUACAGAUUUUACACAUGAAAUACGCCAAGUAACUCGCAAUGCUGCAGUCACGACAUUAUAUAAUCCCUUUGAGGCAACCAUCCCCACCACCAAAGCGCAGGCAGGCAAAGGACAUCACUUGGCACCCGUAUCUCAAGUUUUUCGAGUUAUGACUGUGAAGGGACCCAAGGCAACGUCUCCUCCUGUGGCUCCACCGCCUCAACCAACGACGACCUCGCAAGCGAAUCAACCAGCGACCACCCAAGUGGACCAACAAACGACCACUCAAGAGGGCCAACAAACGACCGCAACGGAAGCUCCUUCAGAACCCACAAUUCCAAGUGGCGGUCUUGUCGUGCUCUCUUCGUCUGAUGAUGUGCCCGCUGAAACUGAAACUCCAAUCUCUGAGCCGUCAGCCACCCCGACUCCCAAAAAGCCUGCGUCUCAUCCAUUGGAGAAGGUCGCCGUUUUAGGGGGCGCUCUUGGAGGCAUCGCUCUCAUUGCUUUGUUAACCUUCAUUAUCAUGCAUCCCUGUGUCAGCAGGCUUUGGCGUCGCGAGCAACCUCCUAAGCGGCCCAAGAAAGUUCGAACGCCUUCCUGGAUGCGUGUUCUUCCCGUCUCCCCUGUUCUACCUGAAGCGGACGAGAAGGGCUUAUCUGGCCACUCAGCUGAUCUCUGGGGUAUGCCAAGGACACUAGACACCUCACCUGCCUCUCCGGAUUCCAAAUACUCUUCGUCUUCGUCUCGGCGCUCAUCCUCUCGCUCGUGUUAUGAUGUCCCCGUCUUGACAUCUGGAGCUCCUUACAACUCUGUCCCAGCUCCAGCGGCUCCAAAUUUGGCGCAAUACAAGGCUGCUCUUGCGGCUUAUAACAAGGCACCACCUGGCGCCCCUCCUCGUCCAAAACGCCCCCCUACUGAGGACGGCCCUGGCGCUCUCUCUGAUGCGAUGAUUCUCGCGUGUGCUAAUCAACCAUCCGCCAAGCCGACAGACCGUAUGCCACCAGUAAAUACCAGUCCUUUACUGUCCCCCAAGGAGUUCUUCACGAUGCCCACAUCCCCCUCUGAACAAGACGCCCCCGCCCUACUGGUUUCUUCCCCGAGUCACGACCACACGCGGGCUCACAGCGCUCCUCAAAAGUUAGUCGUCAGAAACGCCAGUGUUAACGACCGUAUUCUUCACGACGACAGUGUGCCCUUGGGUAUCGGGAGGAAGAUGUUGGAACACCGCAGAAGCAGGUCUGCGUCAGGUUGGGCGUACCCAAAGCGUCCCCAAGGACCCCCUCGGCAUUUAAGAAAGCCUAAAGAACCGCAUUACUCUGCGCAAUUCGAGAAUGUUUCCGGUGGUCCUUGA